UUUAUUCAAUCUAAAUCAGUGACCUUAAACCACGCCCUUAAGAAAUGGCGAUAGAGGGAGAGUGCUUCGCAUUUCACUUACAUUAUUAGUAUUAACCCUAAUAUUCCAUAAAGUGUUGGUAAUGGUAUGCACGCAGAACACAACGCCGAAUGUUCACAUUGUUGAAAAAAAAUGCGUUUACUGUUUUAAUACGACGCCUGGAAGUCAAAGAGCCACCAACAUUUGGCAGUGUAUACCGCGGCACAUUUCAAAGAAUUUUCUUCGCAAUAUUUGAAAAACGGAGUCGUGCAGCGAACGCAUGCGUGUCCCUUUUAAAACAAACCCAGUUCCCGUCAGUCAUACCGAAUUCCAACCAAUCCCAAAGCGCUCCAUUUUAAAAGCAAGUCUGCCUGCUGUGCUUUUAUAUUGCACCAUGACCUGUUUCGAAGCAUUUUUACUACUACGGUUAUUGCCACAUAUCAAGAGGGCAAAGUGAACGGCAUGGGACUCUUACCAACUUUAACGAACUUGAGUCUGGUUCCUGUUCCUCCUGCGAAGUUCAGGGUUAGGAAUUUCACAUGCAGAUGAUAUACAGAAAGGAUACUGGAAAUGCGAUUUCUAGGUAAAUCCUACGCAUAAGAUAGGUUGAUUUUAGCAAGUUCACAGCCAAACUCACAACAAAACAUGACAAGCCUGUCGAGGUUUGCUGGCUGCCCUCUUUCUUGCGUCUACCCUGGGGAGAGCAAUACUGAACCCAGCGUGAUGCUUCCACCUUUGGCACGGGAGCACAUGGGGCACCCCACUGGCAGUUCCUUAAAACUCUGCCCCUCGCACAAUUUAGGAGACUACCCCGAGACGAGGUCCAGUACAUACGUUGACUAUUCCGUGCCCCGUGCUUCAGACUCGGGAUACUCCAGCUACCGGUUAGAACAGAGUCCUAGGGGCAUUAUCGGUGGGACAAAUCUCUCUGGAACAAGCAUGCCACCAGUAACUGAUCAACUUGCAUCAAGAACCUCCCAACAUGGCGCUAUUGGAAGGUAUCGUGACCUUCCCGGCUAUAGAGAAGGCAGAAGCCACGCGAUUUUCACUGCAUAUCACGAGCAGGCCCAUGGCUCCUCCGACGCCGCUAGAGACCUCAGCAGCCAAGUGAUGUUGGGUCUGUCCGGGGAUAUUCUCACAAGAACGCACCCUUACGGCCAGGCGCUCGGCGGCCCAAGGGGCAACGGCCAACAAUUAGUUACCCAGUUUCUGGAUCUCUACAAACCACUGAAUAUGGCCAUACAGCGCGGAGGUGACGCAUUCCUCAGGUGCUCCAGGCAAGACCUGAAGCGCGAGCUGGUCUGCAAGUGGAUUGGCGGCCAAGAGGGGGCCGGGAAGCAGCCGUGCUCCAGGACUUUCGGGACUAUGUAUGAACUAGUCACCCAUGUAACGGUGGAACACGUUGGGGGACCUGAGCAAUCCGAAUAUGUUUGUUACUGGCAGAGCUGUCCCAGAGAAGGCAAGCCCUUCAAAGCCAAAUACAAGCUGGUGAACCACGUCAGAGUCCACACUGGGGAAAAACCCUUCCCUUGCCCCUUCCACGGCUGCGAGAAAGUUUUCGCAAGAUCUGAAAAUCUCAAGAUCCACAAGCGAACGCAUACAGGUGAAAAGCCGUUUAAAUGUGAAUACGAAGGCUGCAAUCGGAGAUUUGCAAACAGCAGUGACCGGAAGAAGCACUCACACGUGCAUUCCAGCGACAAACCCUACGUAUGUAAGAUCAGAGGUUGCGAAAAGUGCUACACCCAUCCCAGCUCCCUUCGAAAGCACAUGAAGCUGCAUUGCAAGGCCUUCAUGGCGAAAACCAACGAGGGGUGUGGGGAUGACGGCGAGCACCUUGCCGAGGUCACGUCUCCCGAAGUAACGGAUCAUCAAGGCGCAUCCUCCCCUAAGGCGACUGUGACGCGCACAUUGCUGCCUGCCUCCUCGCGAGACUCCUUAUCUCCGAACAUUCGAAAUGGUUCUUCUCUAGGGCCACGCGUCCAUCACACGUAUGACAACAGUUUGGACUACUCUGCACAUAGGUCACCACCUCUCUUGGACCCCUUGCUGUUACAGAGGGGUCAUUUUAGGACGGAGUCGUCACAGUAUCCAACCAACCAGCCGGGUCACAAUUUUGCCCAGAGCCACAGGCCUUUUCACAGUGGCUCACCUUUCCAAAAAAGUAUCGUCAACGGAUGGUACACCUGUUACAAAGGUUCGGAGUCUUUCUCACCAAAGCAAUGUAAUGAUGACAUAUAAUCUCGUGAAUCAUGGACUGUAUUGAUUGAUAUUACUCAUAAAAUCCGCAUUUGUCACGUGGUAGUCAUUUUUGAAUCAAAAUGAGUCCGUGAGGUCUAUGCAUUCUAUGAAACUCAGAAUAGAAAACUGGGAAACAAAAAAAAAUGGAUGCCUCACCGUGUUUAACAAUGUCGUAUUUUAGGUAGGCUUUGUGUGCAAAGAUGAUUGAACUUUACACAUCACCGUGCAAUUUGUGACUGAUGAGCUUUAAUUGGUGUAUAUGGCACUGUUUUAUAUUGUAAUUAAAUUGAUCUGUGACAGUUCUUGAUAAUCUUUUAACCCCUUUUCCUACACGAGACAGAGCCUGAGACAGAACACCCCCCCUCCCUUUGUGCUGUUCGUGUUGCUUGAACAUAUUUGUGAUACGGCAAAUGAAGAUAUCUCUCAGUUUUUUCCGUUUAAAUAAUAAUAGCCAUCACCGUUGUCAUCUGUAAAGCUUUUUGUAUGUAAAUAUCAAUGUAUAAAACAAAAGGGAAGAAUAUGUAUUUGUAUUAUAUGUUCAAUGUCUUGCUCACGGUUUAAACUUGGUAUUUAGGUCUGACUGGACGCAAACACAGUAGCUUGUUUAAUGCGAAAGAAAUAUCUGAGUCUGCAGUGUUUUUAAGGCUAAAACUGGAUGUUAUGGUUCAUUCUAAGAGGAACCUCCUUGUAUAGUCAAAUGCUUCGUGUAAAUUGUGGGCAAAAGAUGGAAAAUGUACAUUUAAUCAUGUCUGUAAUUUAAUGUCGAAAAUAAAUCCGUUGAACUAAUGGAGUAAUUUGGAGUCGGCGCAGUGUUUACGUCCUGUGUUCAUCGCCAACAUUCAGACAUUUUGAGAACUGUUGAAAACGUUCUUGUCCUGUAACGUGUACACAUUUUCUGCUAUGACUUGCGAAAGUGUAAGAAGAGGAAUAAAUUAUAACAUCAAUUUAUGAAUUUAGCGUCAAACAUAAGGCCCAUUGAAGAGUAAGCAGAACGUGACCUCGUUUUAUUCACUUUAUAUUGUGUGUACGUGAGAACGGGAUAAGAGUAGCGCGUGAUCACAAAAUGUCCCUGCCCCCUACCCCCUAC